UCAAAUUAUGGCCAAUCAUUGACCAGAAAGAGCGCAUGCGCGUCCGAUGAUCCUCGCCUCCCCUCUGCAGUUCUGUAUCAUAGCAUAGAUAGUUCUCUUUGAGAGAAUUUUCAAGCUGCAGAGAUGACCGAUGUCCAACGCUCAUCAGAAGCUGACAGCCAAAGCCACGGAAAUGAGACACAAUGUAAUCAUUUAACAGACAUUAAAGAGAGGAACCGAGCUAUAGCGAUCGACAGAAUGUUCUAGAAUGGUCAUGUGAUAUCCGGAGACCAGUUAUGUCGCACUUUUAAAAAAUACUCUUACUUUUUUUGUGUGUUCGUCCGCCUGUCGUAUAAAUAAAAUGUGUUCAACUCUUAAAAAGCUUUUUGGUGUUUUAAAGGGUUAUAAAUCAAGUCACGUUUCGAUGACACGUCUUUAAUGCAGUAUUUUUCUCAUUGUUAAAGGCGCGAGGGCGAAGGAGGGAGCACGUGAGGAGUCUCGUCCAAUGGGAUUGCGCGCUUUCAGCAGGAGGGUAUAAAUACCAGGCGGUUGCUGUUAGAGACGUCCGCCAUUGAUGACUAACCUUUCUAAGAAACAGAUUAUUUAAAACGCAUAUAUACUGUGUUAGCUUGUUCUGUUGGCGUUGAAAAGUAGAUUAAAAACGAAAUCGUGAAAAUGUUUUCUUGGAUGCUUUUUUCCGGGCGCAAAGCAUCAACAAGACUUCUUGGUUGGUGAAGUUUUCCAGCAGAGCUACUCCGGCACUGCAGCGUCUGUCUCAGUUCGCCAGUUUAAACUUUGUUUGUGCCAGAGACGGAAAGUGGCGCAGGCAGUGGAAGUGUAAUACACGCAGAGCUAACUAGGCGUAACUGCAAAAACCCUUUCCACACCUGUCACUCCCUGAAUCAGUCCAGACGAUGUCUGACGCGAAACCCCCACAUAAUUUCAUCAUGAAUGGAAAUCCCCCUCCCCCUGAGUACAAGAACCCCAAGAAGCCUGGACGCCUCACCAACCAACUGCAGUAUCUAGAGAAGGUGGUGAUUAAGGCCCUGUGGAGACAUCACUUCUCCUGGCCCUUUAGACAGCCUGUUGACGCUGUCAGACUUAAUUUGCCAGACUAUUAUACAAUCAUCAAGAACCCAAUGGACUUGAGCACCAUUAAAAGGCGCCUUGAGAACAAUUAUUACUGGAAGGCAAUGGAGUGUGUUGAAGACUUCAACACCAUGUUCACAAACUGUUAUGUGUAUAAUCGGCCAGGAGAUGAUAUUGUUCUGAUGGCACAAGAUCUUGAGAAGCUUUUCCUGGAGAAGGUGGCACAGAUGCCUCAGGAUGAGUGUGAGAUCUCUGCUCUGACCAAUAAAGCUCCUGUCAAAGGAGGGAGGAGGCCAGCAGGGUUAAAGAUGAGGCCACAGUCUCCAGUGUCUGAGGUGGUCUUCCAGCAGACCGUGACUGUCAUCCCUUCUGAUGCUCUCCACACAAUUCCCUCUGCCCCCUUGUCUGCUCAUCUCAAAGCCAAAUUGAAAAAUGGUGUGAAAAGGAAAGCAGACACUACAAUCCCUACUGCAUCUUCCAUCACUGAGUCGUCCCCUUGCAUAACAGAACCAAAAGUCCUUAAGUUAUUCUCCAGACGAGGCAGCAGCCGACCCAUCAAACCCCCCUGUAAAGACCUUCCUGAGUUACCACCACAGCAUCAGGUGGGCAGAAAGACCAAACUCUCAGAGAGACUUAAAUACUGCAAUGCCAUCCUGAAAGAGAUGUUUGCCAAAAAGCAUACAGCAUAUGCCUGGCCCUUUUAUAAACCUGUGGAUGCGGAGGCACUGGGACUUCUUGAUUAUCAUGAAAUCAUUCAUCAGCCCAUGGAUCUGGGUACCAUCAGAAAAAAAAUUGAAUCUCACGAGUACACAGAUGCAUUACAAUUUGCUGCAGAUAUGCGGCUUAUGUUCUCAAACUGCUACAAAUACAAUCCACCUACCCAUGAGGUAGUGACCAUGGCCAGGAAACUCCAGGAUGUUUUUGAGUCACGCUUCUCGAAGAUCCCUGAUGAGCCAAGGAAUUCAGCCUCAGUUCCCGGUCCUAACAGAACGAAGAAGGAGAAAUUAGAGAGAGCAGACAGUCCAUCCAGCUCUGAGAGCAGUGACAGCGAAUCGUCUUCUCCAUCAGACAACUCCUCAGACUCUGAGGAGGAGAAUGAAGAAGAGAGGGCUCAGAGACUCGCCAGCCUGGAGGAACAGCUGAAAGCAGUGCGAGAGCAGCUGCAGUUACUGACCCAAACACCUCUCCUAAAACCAAAGAAAAGAGAGAAGUCCAAGAAGAAGAGAAAGAAGGAGAGAGAGUCCAAGCGAAAAGGUGAAGAAAUGAAGAAACCAGCAAAAAUACAGAAGAGGUCCAACAGCAACAAGUCAUCAGGGCGGAACAAGAAGAGCAGAGAAUAUGAUUCUGAAGAAGAGAUUAAUGCUUUGCCCAUGUCUUAUGAGGAGAAACGGAGACUGAGCCUGGACAUUAACAAGCUUCCUGGAGACAAGCUUGGCAAAGUAGUGCAAAUUAUCAAGGCGAGAGAGCCUCUCCUCAAGGACACGGACCCUGAGGAGAUUGAGAUAGAUUUUGAGAUGCUCAAACCUUCAACGCUUCGAGCUCUUGAGUGCUACGUCAUGACAUGCCUUCGGAAGAAACCAAAAGAAAGAGACCGUAAAAAGCCACAAAAGAAGUCUAAAAACAAGGAAACUGAGAAAGAGCUACAAAACAUAACUGGGGAACCAAUCUCCAAUAAAAAGGCCAAGAUUGAAUCAGAGGGCGAGUUUAAAGACAUGACUCGUGUGUCUCACCAGAGCGACAGCAGCAGCUCGUCUAGCUCUGACAGCAGUAGUAGUGACUCUAGCUCCUCUGAUAGCUGUGACUCUGAUUCAGAAAAGAAAACUAAGAGGAAGCAAAGCAAAGCCCCUCGUCAUGCCAACAAAGUUAAAAGCAAGGCAUUGCAGCAGACAGCUGCUGCUGGGGUAAAGGACCAUUUACUUGAUGUGACGUGCCAGUCUCAUCCAGUCUCGGAGACAGACUCCAAAGACCGGUUUGUGUCACAAGCAAAGCAGCCUGCCGAGGACGCCACCACCGCAAUCUCAGCCUUACACAGCCAGCUACCUCCUCAGCUGUCCAGACCUAGUGGCAAAGCUGCCCCUCUACCUCUUAAAACCUGGACUGCACCGUUACCGCUCAAUCUACCUCUAGACCAGCCCCCCUGCCCUUUACUCAACACUUCCUCAUCCCCCUGUAAGGAUCGCUCAACAUUUCCACCCAAAUGCUCCCCUGGUUCAAUCACCCCACACCCACCAGUCUCACCCCCUGCAGACCAAACAUUCUCCCAUAGUCCCUCGCACAAUCCUGCACAUGCCCCCCAUAUCCCUGACCUACAGGAUUCUCAGAUUGGCUCCCCCUCACCUGCUGUUGCAGAGGAGCCUCCACAUAAGUCUGAGCAGGAAGAUAUUCCUCCUCUUCUGUCACCACUGACCUCACCUCCUACAGUCAUGCCUGUCACAGGAUUACUGCCUACCUCCAACUCUCAAUUUGAGCAUUGUAGAUUGCUGUCACCUCUGCAGGAGAGUCCAUUAACCAAUAUGAAGGAUGAGCAGGGCUGCCUAGAAACACUAGAAGAGCCCUCCUUUCAGCUGCACAAAAAGCCUGGAGCUAAACACGAUAGCAGUGAACUAUGGAAGUCCAUUCAUGAUGCCAAAUCCAAUUUGCCUAAAAAGGAUAUUGUCCUGAAGAAUGCAGACUCCUGGACAAGUCUGGGUAAGAUGGCUGCACAAACUCCUUGCACCAUCAAGUCAUCCAAGGAGAGUUUCCAGCAGUUCCGUAAGGUUGCCAUGGAGAAAGAGGAACGAGAGCGAGCUCGUAAACUGCAGUUGGAGGCUGGCCGAGAGAAGAGCAGCACAGAUAAAAACAGUGUGAUGCAGCAGCUCCAAAAGACCAAGUUGGACUGCCAACCUUCAAAGCCAGAAGUGGAGUCAGCAGAGCUGCCACUGAUGGCGGCCAUCUUGGAUACCCCUACAGUCCCUGAGUCAUGCACUCUUCCACAGAAUUCUGUGGACCAAGAACGAGAGAUGGCUCGCAAGAGAGAGCAGGAGCGCCGCAGGAGGGAGGCUAUGUCAGGAAUCAUUGACAUGACCAUGCAGAGUGACAUAAUGGCAACCUUUGAGAAGAACUUGGACUGAGAUAUAAACUAAUACAAUUAUUUGGUUGUGUACAUUGUGCUACUGUUCGGUGAACAGUGUGGACUGUCUUGUCCCUUCCCUAACUUGUUCUAAGAGUCCUGGUGACUGAAACGGGUCUUAGUCUUUUCAUGGACGAAAAUACUGAAAUAUAGCUGCAUCACUUUACAUUUGUACUAAAUUAGCUCUAGCAAAAAAAAAAAAAAAAAACAGUAGUGGACCAUGUAAAAUGUUGCAAGUCCAAUAUGCACACCAUUAACAGUGUUUUGUGUGUAUAUUCCUGAUUUUUUUAUUUUUUUUUGUUCUGUUUUUUUUUUUUUUUUUUGAUGACUUGGAUUUGCCUGCACUGAAAUGCUGCCAAAGUGUCUAAGGCAGUUUUGAAAGAGAAACAUGUUUGACGUUUUACAACAGUCUUUGUGUUCUUUAACAUGUUUAGUAGUUCAUUUUGUUUUAUACUGAACAAUUGUGUUUACAUCUCUUGAAUAUUAUUGUAAUCGAAUCUUUGACACAUUCCAUCAACUCUUCUGCUUUAUGAAUAAUGCAUAGCUGGUCGUUUUGCGCCAGCUGUUGAUAGAACUGUAAGGGUAUUAGCUGGUAUUUCAUGUAUUUGACUUAUUGCAGUAAUUUAAACAGAACAUGUACUGACUGAGUUAAGCUUGUCCUGUUUAAGUUAUCAAAACAAACAAAAACAAAAAUUCUGUAGUGUCAGAAAUGUAAUAUUAGCAUGUGUGUUAAAGUAAUAUUUAGUAUUUUGUUACCCGGGACAGCCAAUUUUAUAGGUGUCUGCCUUCAAUGAAUGGGACUUCUUUAGAUAAGUUUUUGCACUUCCUGUAUUUCUAUUUGUAUCCAUUUGGAAGUGUAGUGCCAUGAAGUUCCUCUCUUGGAGAUGAUAGGCAGUUCUUUGUGCCUAAAGUCAUGGAUUCUCCGGAGCUAUGGUGAUCUGAUGAUUGUACCGCACUGAAGGCAUGUUCAAUAUUGUUUUUCUGACUGUAAUGGUUGUGGCAGUUUUCCAGUGGUCUCUUCCUGUAAAUGAUCAUCACAAGCACUUUAUUCAUUCUACCACCAUGCUGAGGUGUCACAAGCUAUCGAGGAAAAGACUAAUAUAUUGUUUCAAAAAGAUCACAUUCUAAAAGUUAAAUCAAUAAAAAAAAAAAAAAAGUA